AAUAGAUCAACUAUACGCUGGCAAUCAUAUAAAGAUAAAUUGCAAAACGAUUUGCAGAUUUUAACACGGAUUGGAACUGAAUAAGAUCCGAUAAUGGAUAUCUCACACGACACAUAUGCAACGGAGGCUAAUAAAAUUGAAGAGACAGCUGUGGAAGUUAAGAUUUUCGAUGAUAGCAAGAACAAUCAAAAUCAUGAUGCUUUUAUUUGCGGAGGAAGCCCGUAUCUGCAACACGAGAAUCAAAAUUGGGAAAUACCGUGUAUAAAAUCAGAAUUAGAUCAUAGUACUACAUCGACCGGUCACGCUGGCACGCUUGAUAAUAGCCAUUACAGUAAAGUGAUGAAGCAAGAAAAUAUCUGCAUCGACAAUAAAGACGCUCUGUACAAUAGUUCAUGCAGCCUGGAGUCUCUAGAAUUCAAUACAGAUGCAAAAAGUACUCCCGAUGAUCUGCGGCAAUUUGACGUACUGGACGAUCUAGAUCGUCAUUCGGAUCCAAAUUGUUCGGACGUAGAUUCUGAUACAGACGAGACUAUGGACUCUGACGUGCCAGAUGAAGAAAUCGAGGCGAUGUUAGAAGAAGGUCUGCCGGAAGAAUUUAAAGGAAAGAGGAAAAACAAAAAGGAUAGCACGCCCUAUGAGGAGAAAGAGAAACUUGUUUUAGAUGAAAUCGGACACAAUCAUUUUGACGUUCUACCUGAGGGUUGGGUGCAGGUAACUCAUAAUAGCGGAAUGCCGCUGUACCUCCACAAACAGAGCAGAGUUUGCACUCUGGCGAAGCCGUAUUUCCUCGGUCCGGGGAGUGUUAGGAAGCAUGAGGUUCCUAUGAGCGGUAUACCUUGCCUUCAAUAUAAGCGAGCGUUAGAGGAAGAGGCGGAAGAACGGAAAAGGGAGAUGGAGCGAGCACCGAACGCCGAAACUUACAGUCUUCCUAGUGCAAAAAUCGAGACUAUACAGGAGAACCGUGAGGCGCAUUCGUUAGAUAGCGAACAAUUAAGGAAUUAUUGUCAAUCCCUCUUUCGCUUCAAAUCUAUCAAAGUAAUGAGAUUCCAGUCCUGGUCGGCGCGUCGGAAAUUCACGAAAAACAAGAGACAUCGAAAACAACUUGAACGUCCAACUUUGCCGGACGGCACGAAGUUGAUAACUUUCCCUGUCAACAGUAGUGGCGUAAGUGGUAACGGUAAUACUGCCGGGGACGAAGGCAGCCGGAGACAUCCGAAGCAUUGGAUAAUGAACCCGUCGGGCAAAAGUUACGUUUGCAUUCUUCAUGAAUAUGUGCAGCACGCCCUCAAGAAACAACCGUCGUACAAGUUUAAAGAGCUAGAAAAUGCGGCGACUCCGUAUUCCGCGGUGGUGUGCAUCAACGAGAUGGAAUACGGCAGCGGAUUCGGCAGCAGUAAGAAGCAAGCGAAAGCAAACGCGGCACGCAAGACCCUCGAGAUCCUGAUCCCACAGAUGAAGGACAAGAUCUCCGGCGACAAUGACGGAGACAACGGGUCGAACAAUGCUAGCCGCACGAUGAAAGCCUCUCGAAGGAACUCCGAUGCGGAUCUGUCCUUUUUCGACGAGAUAUCCAUCACGGAUCCGCGAGUCGCGGAAUUCUGCGCGAAAACCACCGAACCUUCGCCGCACGCCAUUUUAAUAACCUGCCUUCAGAGAAAUUACGGCCUGGGAGAUAUGCAUAUUAAUUAUUCAGUGAACACGCUGAAACACCAGAGGAAUGAAUUCACGAUGAGAGUUGGGAAACACGAAGCCACUGUUGUUUGCCGUAAUAAAAAAGACGGUAAGCAACGAGCGGCACAAGCGAUACUGCAACUUAUGCAUCCGCAUAUACAGUCUUGGGGCUCGUUGCUACGGCUUUACGGAUCGCGGAGCGUGAAGUCCUUCAAGGAGAAGAAGGAGUUGGAGCAACAAAUUACUCUUCUGCAGGGUAAGGCUGCCGUCAAUCAGCCGAAUCAUGCCAUCUUAGGUAAACUUAGGCAAGAAAUGCAAAAAUUAGCUGAACAACGCGAAGCCGUACAACCUAUUGGUAAAUUUGUAGCGCCAGAUUUGCCAACAGGAUCCGCAGCUAAUUUGAACAAUGUAGAUUUAUAAAAAAAAAAAACAAAAACAAAAUUAGUAGUCAAUAUACAUAACCCAAGAAUUUAAGCAAUCUAAUUAAAAGCCAUUCAACAAUUACGUCGCGUUAAAUUUGCGUAAAACGGAUAUUUUUACCCACCUCUACCCUUCGUUAUAAUUUCGUCACAAAAUAUUUGCGCCCUCCCAAUAUCACGUGACUCUCCCUUUCCUCCCAAAAUGUGGGAAUCGAAGAUUUUUAGAUGUCGAAUCGAAUCUCAUGUUUUACUUUCGAAUCCGAAUUGAAUCGACGAAAUUUCACUCGAAUUGAGUCGUCGAAAUAUAAUUUUUAAUUAACGACAUAAUUAUUGGAUUUAACAUGAAGUUAGUGAGGAGAGACUUCGGUAUGAGAGGGAUAACAUCGACCUUGUGAUAUCAAGUUAUUUCAAAGUAUAAGAUAUUUUAUGUAUAUUUUAACAUUUAGAAUAAAAUUGAAAUUGAUGAAAUAUAUUUUAUUUAGGAUAGUAUUAACUGAAACAGACGAAAGAUCAUAAAUCAAUUACUGAAGUAUUCGAAGAGCGUUGAUAUUAUCGACCGUUUACAAUCGAUGCAGAAUGUGAUUCUAGAAAUAUAGUCAUGUGACUAUAGAAAUAUAGUUUCACAAAAAUAUAUAAUAUACUGCACAUCUUAGGUACACAUGUACGUAUCUACGAGA